AUGGCAGACAACAAGGUAUACCGCGCGAGCACUUUUGCGCCCGUCAACAUUGCCGUCAUCAAGUACUGGGGCAAGCGCGAUGCCAAACUCAACCUUCCUACCAACAGCUCCCUGUCCGUGACGCUCUCGCAAGACGAUCUCCGCACCCACACAACCGCCUCGUGCAGCACCCAGUACCCCAAGGACUCCCUCACCCUCAACGGCUCGGAUCAGGACAUCUCUGGCGCCCGUACACAAGCCUGUCUGGCCGAGCUACGUACCCUCCGUCGCCAACUCGAAGAGUCCGACUCGUCGCUUCCCAGGCUCGCCUCGCUGCCUCUCAAGAUUGUUUCGCGCAACAACUUCCCCACUGCCGCCGGCCUUGCCUCGUCCGCCGCUGGUUUCGCUGCCUUUGUUCGUGCCAUUGCCAACCUGUACGAGCUAAAGUCAACACCCACCGAGUUGAGUCGCAUCGCAAGACAGGGUUCUGGCUCAGCAUGCCGCAGUCUGUUCGGAGGUUACGUCGCAUGGCAGAUGGGCGACAAGAAGGACGGAAGCGACAGUGUAGCCGUCGAGGUUGCUCCUGCAGAACACUGGUCCGACAUGCGCGCUGUCAUUCUCGUUGCAUCUGCCGAGAAGAAGGACGUCAGCAGCACUUCCGGCAUGCAACAGACUGUCGCAACCUCGACUCUCUUCGCCGAGCGUAUCGCAAACACCGUGCCCCGCCGCAUGCAAGAGAUGGAGAAGGCAAUCGCAGACAAGGACUUUGCUGCGUUCGCCAGCCUCACCAUGAAGGACAGCAACUCGUUCCACGCUACCUGCCUCGACACCGAGCCCCCAAUCUUCUACAUGAACGACACUUCUCGCGCCGCCAUCCGCAUGGUCGACAUGAUCAACUCCGAAGCCGGAAAGACUAUUGCUGCAUACACCUUUGACGCCGGCCCGAAUGCUGUCGUCUACUACCAGGCCCACGACGAAGCCAAGGUCGCCGGUGUCUUCAAGUCCGUCUUGGGCGACAAGGAAGGCUGGGAGGGUGCUCGCGGCAAGUCUGUCGAGGCUGCCAACACUCCCAAGGACUCGCAAAUCGCUGCUGACCGCUUGAAGGAGGGCAUCAGCAGAGUCAUCCUUACCUCUGUCGGUCCCGGUCCCAUCAAGACCGAGGAGAGCCUGAUCGAUGAGAACGGCAACACCGUCUGA